AAAAAAAAGGUGGACUCGACUUAUCUCAAGUUUUCUUUGUGGUAUAAAAUCAAAAGCGUUACAUUCGACUUUAAUUCUUACUUAAAUUAAAUAAAAGAAUAAUAUUCAACUAUAAAUUUAAUUCCAAUGGUACCAAGAAAAUUUUAUUGUGAAACCGUAAAUGCGAAAAAUGAACCUGUCUCAAAUUUCAUGUCAAAUGAAUCCAGUACCGUCGUGAAACAAACAAAUGGCUUUUGUGGAAACGCAGAAGAGACUGAGCAAUGUUUUUUUCAAAGAUUCGACUUUGCUGAAAUAGACAAUCAGGAAAUUGAAUGUCAAAAUAUUUGUAAAAGAAAUAAGUUAAAUGUUUGUGCUCCUAUGGUCACAAAAAUGAUAGAUGGGAUGUUAUCGUCUGUUGACUAUGAAAAAAAAACAGAAACUGAAGUUUUUUAUACGAAUCCUGACAUGGUUUGUACUCCUCCUCCACAUUGUUUAGCAAAUGUAUCAUUUGGAAAGGUGUCUCAUUCUUUAUCUCCUAAAAUAACUAGGAAACGUAAAACACUCUAUUCUUCUAUAGUUGAUUCAUUUAAUUCCAAUGGCUUUUUGUAUAAAAGUCCAUGCGAUGAACACUUUUGUGAACUCGAUUAUAGUAACGAAAAUAAAACAGUCCAACCUACUAUUUUUUUUGAAGAAUCACCUUUAAAUUUGAAAUUUAAGACUCCUGUAUUUCGUGAGAACGGAGUAACAAGAAGUUCAUCAACGACUCAAGUGUCUCAUACUACAAUAAUCAAUGGUACACCUCAGGCGCCACAACGACGUCAUCGUGGUAACUUACUCUAUAGUAUAUUGGAUGGUAACACGGAGCAAGUAAAUAUGGCUUUGAAAAAUGGAGAAGACCCAAACGCAUCACUUAAUAUACCAGAAUGGGUCAUGGGUGAACCAUGUCGCUUAGUUCCAAUUCUGUUAGCCAGCAAAUUAGCUUUCCCAACAAUAGUCCAAUUAUUAUUGAAAUACGGAGCAGUGUUGAAUUCCGUAAAUUUUCAAGGUCAAAAUGCAUUACAUUUGUUAUUUUCUCCACACCGAUCUGUUCGUGAGUUUCAUCAAUGUAACAAUGAUCAAAAGAAUGAAACCGCUGAGCCGGUUCGAAGCAUUUCAAUUCAAAAAUCAUGGGAAGAUUUAGAAAGUUAUUUUCAAUCCUUACCCAGUUUAGACCAUGAAACGUAUGAUGCUGAUAAUUUAAAAAAAUGUUUUCUUCCAAAAGUUCAACGAUCUGAGGAAACCAUCCUUGACGAUAUAUGUCGAUGUACUGAUAUACUGUUAACACAUGGGAUUCAUAAAACUAGGAAAGAUAUAUUAGGCAACACGCCUUGGAAUGUUGCAUCCCAGAAUCCUUUGAUAUCAAACCAUAAAUCUUUAUUAGAAAAGUUGCGAAAUAGUCAGCAACCUUGUUAUCCUAAGGAAAAAAAGGAAUCGAAACCAUCCUCAUUGUAUACUUCCUUAAUCCCAAUCCAUUCCAAUCCUUUAGUUCCCAUUCCACAAACUCCUUCCUGUUGUAUAUAAGGCUACAAUGUUUUGAACCUUUGACUUCAACUCGCAGAAAAAUGUCGCAUGAUUUCUGAGUUUUUUUGUCCAUUGUCUCUUCUCAUGUUACAGAAUUUGUCAACUUAAGAGACUCCAAGUUAAUGCAUCCUCAACAUAAGCAAAAAAAAGGUUUAAAAACUGCACAAUUCAUGAUUGUCGAUUUUGUCGUAAUUUAUUCUCUUAUUCUGUAUUAACGUAGUUUGUUUUUCAAAUAGUUCAUGUUUUUUUAAUUUAAAACUUCUUUUAUUUAGGUUUUGACUUUCAUUUUCCUCUAGUUUGUCGUUUUGAAAAAGAGUUACUUUUUUCCAUCCCACUUGGAGAAACAAGAAUGAAAAAAAUUUCUUUUCUUCAGAUUUUCAGCUUUACCUAUUUUAUCUUUUUACAAGAUAUUUCAACUUAUACACACUUCUAAAGUCCGGUAUUUGAAAGAAUGUUCUUAAAGAGUUUUUCAAGCCUUGUCUUUUCUUGUGCUACUUUGCCUAAUCAAUUUUUGUUAAUGUCAAACUGGUGGAAAGCAAGAAACGGACGCUGGGAUGAUUUUUUUCAAUAAUGCAAAAAGGUAUUUUUUUUCAUAUCAUAUUGUUCAGUUGUUUAGGAUACACCUUGACUUGAUCAUGGUUGCGUUUUCGAGCUAUCGGGACAAAAAACUAAUAAGUCCUAGCGUUCAAGUCUUCUAAUGAUCUUGUGGUAUUUUCUCUAGUAGGUUUCGUAUUCUUAUUACUGUAAGCAAUUUUUACAAUUAUAAUAUAGCAUUUUUUUUUGUUAAUAAAAAAAAAAAAAAAGUUUCUACAAUAUGAUUUUGUUCAGUUUUUAAAAGACUUGUUUUAAUUAUUUUUCACGGGAAUGUUAAUGAAUAAAACACACUUUUUUGGUGUGGCUUUGUUUGUGUGUGUGGGCGACCAAAUCUUUUUUUUUUUUUUUUUUUGUAUUGUAUUAAAAAAGCGUGCGUUUAAGUAACAGAUGACGCGAACCAAGAUUUAAACAAGAUUUUUUUAUUGUUGAACACAUUUGAAAUGAAUAUUUUAUAUGAAAAGAAUUCAUUUUCAAAAAAAAUAUACAUUGUUUUAUUUGUUACUGUAUAGUCAAAAAUUUAAUUGUGGUUGUAUUGAAUGAAAUUUAAGAAUUGGACUUGAUUUUGUAAUUGUUUAUGUUAUGUGGAUUUCGGUAAAUAUAAAACUAGUAAACAGACUUAAAGCAUUACCUGAGCAGGGGAAAAAAAAAGUGUUUUUCUUUAUUUGGUGUCGAGCUUAAUUUUUUUUUUAUCCAAGACCAAUAUGGAGGGUAAAAGAUAACGAUUUCCAAGCGUGAACUUUAGGAAUGAAUCAUCUUUUGUACAAGUCCCACCCUCUCUUAAAAUCUUCACUUUCACUGGAUCAACAUGACACAGAUAUGUGUAAACGUAGACUGAUCUUGUGGGAGUUACGGAUAACUAUAGUUAUUUGUAGUCUGCAACUAUUACUUUCUAUUGUACCAUUCUGGUAUUGUUUGGAGAAAGUAACCUAUCGGUAUCAAGUAGGAGAUACAUGGGGUCCAAUCGAAACAACCGUGAUGGAAUUGUCGUAUUACGGCUUAUUAACGGCCCAUUUAAAUAAGUGGACUAUUCAUCAUACUUGGUUUUCUUUGAAAAAUGGUGUAUGUGAACAAGUCUCGUCAGUAUCACUCGAUGACGCCACAUGCAGUACAGACUGUCUUCAUCAUUUAAAAACAAGAUGUGACGUUUAUUCAAAAGUUUGUUUUCUUAGCAUUGCGACAUUUGGACUUUUAUCUAUUGGAUGCGUGCUAAUUUUAUUUGCUUUGCGUCGGUUUAACAAAGAACUCGUCAAAAAACACUUUCUCGAUACGACUUGGUGGUUAGGUUUCUCUUGUCUGAAUGUGGCCAUCUUAAUUCAAAUGUUCCUCGUUCAAAAUUACUUGAAAAAACUUUCCAGAACCAGCUUAUUUCCACCUGUUGAAUUUUCCUUUGCAUUUUACCUUUCCUGUGCCGUUGUACUUUUACUUUUUCUAUUAAAAAUGAUUUCGUUUCUUUCUCAAACAAACCUAAAGUUUUUUAAAAGAGAUCCAAAUCUCAAGAAUCAACUACUGGAACCUUACAAAAACAAUUUAAAAGAAAAAAAUUACUCCGACCGUCCGACAGACAAAAAAAAUUCCUUUAAUGCUUCAAACGUGACCCAUUAUCAACCUCCACCCAAUAGAACGAUUCCUCGACCUCCUAUGCAUUUUAUUUAUUAAGACCUGCAAGAAAAGAGCUAUGAUUUUCCUCAGGCAGUAUACUAGGACCUGAAUCUUGUAGUACAAAAAGUCGACUACAUGACUCUUUUAGUGUUUAAAACGUAGCUUAUAUAGGUUUUUUUUUUAAACAAUUAAAAACCAAGUGGAUAUUAUAAAAAGUGUCGCUUGUAGAAAUGUUUAAAACAAAAAGUCGAAACUUUAUCUUUGUUA